AUGAAGUCAGCUGCAAUAAUCGUGCUUUCCGUUCUUUUCUUAGCCACUUGUGCUGUUGGAAAACUAAUCCCAAACAUAGUCAAACAAGUUCAAGUCCACGAAGUCUUACCUUCAGAAGUCUUCGUUACACGCGACGGAGAAAAUAGAUACACUGUGGAAAGCGUAUGGUAUGGCAGUGGAUACGAAGAUGAUGACAAAGUUGAUGCUAUCCUUAGAUGCCAUGCUGGUGUACAGGUCAAAACAUCUCCUCAGCAUAAAGUAUUCGCAGAUCGCAGAGCUUUCUUUGAAUUGAUUGUUCCCCAAAACUUAUCAACCGUAGUUUGCCGCCGAGGUAUUUUUGACAUCGAUUCCUUUAGAGGCGCAAUUUUCACGUUCGAACAUAAAUAA